GGCGUGUCGUGGGCGGGCCGGCGGAGCUGGGCGCCAUGUCGAGGCGGCGGUGGCGAGGGCCUCAGGGCGCCGAGAGUGGCGGGCGCGGAGCCGACAUGGGGAAGAUGGCGACGGGCGGCGGCGGCGGCGGCUCGGGCCGAUAUUACGGUGGCGGUGGCGGCGGUGAGGGCGGCAGGGCCCCUAAACGCCUGAAAACCGAGAGCGCCGAGGCGCCGCCUCACGGGCCCGGCGGGCCGGGGGGCGCGGGCGGCGGAGCCGGAGCGGGAGGAGCGGAGAACUACGAGGACCCCCACAAGACGCCGGCGUCGCCCGUGGUUCACAUCCGCGGCCUCAUCGACGGCAUCGUGGAGGCCGACCUGGUGGAGGCGCUGCAGGAGUUCGGGCCCAUCAGCUACGUGGUGGUGAUGCCGAAGAAGCGUCAGGCCCUGGUGGAGUUCGAGGACAUCCUGGGCGCCUGCAACGCCGUCAACUACGCGGCCGACAACCAGAUCUACUUCGCCGGCCACCCCGCCUUCGUCAACUACUCCACCAGCCAGAAGAUCUCGCGGCCCGGCGACAGCGACGACGCGCGCGGCGUCAACAACGUGCUGCUCUUCACCAUCCUCAACCCCAUCUACUCCAUCACCACGGACGUGCUCUACACCAUCUGCAACCCCUGCGGGCCGGUGCAGCGCAUCGUCAUCUUCCGCAAGAACGGCGUGCAGGCCAUGGUGGAGUUCGACUCGGUGCAGAGCGCGCAGCGCGCCAAGGCCUCGCUCAACGGCGCCGACAUCUACUCGGGCUGCUGCACCCUCAAGAUCGAGUACGCCAAGCCCAGCCGCCUGAACGUGUUCAAGAACGACCAGGACACCUGGGACUACACCAACCCCAACCUGAGCGGGGCAGGAGACCCCGGGGGGAACCCCAACAAGCGGCAGCGGCAGCCGCCCCUCCUGGGGGACCACCCGGCUGAGUACGGAGGUCCCCACGGUGGCUACCACCACGGCCACUACCACGACGAGGGCUACGGGCCCCCUCCCCCUCACUACGAGGGCCGGCGCCUGGGGCCGCCGCCGGUGGGGGGGGGGCACCGGCGGGGUCCCGGCCGCUACGGACCCCAGUACGGGCACCCCCCGCCCCCCCCGCCGCCGCCCCCCGACUACGGCCCCCACGCCGACUCGCCCGUGCUCAUGGUCUACGGGCUGGACCAGGCCAAGAUGAACUGCGACCGCGUCUUCAACGUCCUCUGCCUCUACGGGAACGUGGAGAAGGUGAAGUUCAUGAAGAGCAAGCCGGGCGCGGCCAUGGUGGAGAUGGCCGAUGGCUACGCCGUGGACCGAGCCAUCACCCACCUCAACAACAACUUCAUGUUCGGCCAGAAGCUCAACGUCUGCGUGUCCAAGCAGCACGCCAUCAUGCCGGGGCAGUCGUACGGGCUGGAGGACGGCUCGUGCAGCUACAAGGAUUUCAGCGGCUCGCGCAACAACCGCUUCUCCACGCCCGAGCAGGCGGCCAAGAACCGCAUCCAGCACCCCAGCAACGUGCUGCACUUCUUCAACGCGCCGCUCGACGUCACCGAGGACAACUUCUACGAGGUGCCCGCCUUCCUCAGCCUCCUCCUCAGCCUCCUCAUCAUCAUCCUCAGCUUCAGCCUCAUCCUCAUCAUCAUCCUCCAAGGCCUCAUCCGAGGCUUUCUCAUUUUUGAGAAUUUUUAA